GAAGAACUAUAAAGAAGCAUUGACGUCGAUAAUUUUCCCAUGAGAGAAAUUUUUGUUUAGUUCUCUGCCAAACACCCCCCCAUUUUCCUCUGCUCUCUCGAAAUAAGCAACAGACUGGCUCUCUUCUCUUCUGGAAAAACACGAGCAAAUCGUGAUUUAUUUCUAUAUUCACCUUCACCACUCAAACCCACAAGUUUGACGGCGCCCAACGCCCGAGUCCUCUUUGCAGGAUGAACCCGUCUAAGACGCGAAUCACCCCGAACUCUUUUCUCACCAAAGUUGGCAGCUCGAAGGAUGGGGAUCCGGUCUUAGUGUACUUCAUACCCGGCAAUCCGGGCGUUGUAUCGUAUUAUCAUUAUUUUCUGUCUCUUGUCGCGUCAAAUCUUUCCUCUUCCUCGCCUUCAGAUGCCUUUGCGUCUCUGGCAUCUGCGCAGCUAGAAAAGCGAACCGGAUCGCACGAAGGGGACGGAGACAGCACUCCACGGAGCAGCGGCAGCAGCACGCGCAGCGGGCAUAAUAGUAGCGACGAGAGCCCCAUUCGUAAACUCAAGAUCGCGGGCCGCAAGAAGAGCAAAAAGGGCACCGGCACCGAUAGUGAGAAAUCCGAUCAUGAAUCUCUAAGCUCGAGGAAGCGUGAGCUGUGGAACUAUCCUAAUACUAAUUCCGAUGAAUCAUUUAUAAUUACGGGCAGGUCUCUGGCGGGGUUUGAGAUUGAGGAUGCCUCUUCUUAUAUUUCUUCGUAUUUGACUACGUUUUCGUCAACGGACACUAUUCACUCGCUGUCAUCCCAGGUGGAGUACGUGGAGAGCAAUCUAGCAAAGUUUGUCCGCAAGUAUCAGGACAAGAUCACGACCGCUGCGACUGCCGUCGCUCUGGCUGCCGGACAGGAGAAAGAUGCGGUUAAGGUGCGAAAGCCACGGCCAAAGGUCAUCCUUCUAGGCCAUUCAAUGGGCGCAUAUAUCUCUAUGGAAUUAUUAAGGAGGAGAAGAGAAAGGGAGAAAGCAAGGGCUACUCGAGAAAAAGAAAGAAACGGGCCGCUUUCAGAUCAUAGUAAUAGCGAUGGCGAGGAGGAUGUCGAGAUGGAUAUCAUUGGGGCUCUCAUGCUGUUUCCCGCAGUGGUUGACAUUGCGAAGUCACCAUCAGGAAAGAGAAUGACUACACUUGGAUACAUUCCAUGGCUGGAUGUUAUUACCAGUCUAGCAGUCAAAAGUCUGAUUUCCGUGACACCUGCUCCAGUAAUACGUCGCUGGGUCCGUCAUACUAUGAAGGAUCCUCCAGAGGAUGCUCUUGAUACCACGAUUGCGUUCCUGAAAAGUAGAACAGGAAUCAGGCAAGCCCUGCACCUUGCUGUAGAGGAAAUGGAGCAGAUUGGUCCCGACAAGUGGAGUGACGAAAUCUGGGGAAUAUCCGAGCAAAAUAAGCCAUCGGAUGAUGUCGAGUCACACCUUACAAAGCUGGUCUUUUAUUUCGGUCGUAACGACCAUUGGGUGGCUGAGAAGACGAGAGAUGAGAUUAUUCAAGCACGAUCCUCUAAGGGUGGCCGUGGGCCGAAGAUGAUCGUCUGCGACGAUGGUAUUGAGCAUGGGUUUUGCAUUCGCCAUAAUGAGAUCAUGGCGGAUAAAGUCUCUGGGUUCAUAAGAGACAUCAUAAACGAUUAUAGGGCAAGGAAAUAAUUCCUGGAGAGUUAGAAAUUCUGUACUUGUAGUCCGCAUCAAGCAUCAGGUAUGUCUAUAGAGUA